AUGGCAGGUAGUAAUGGUCCUUUUGCCGCUGGAGUCCUAUGCUUAUUAAUUGCUUUCCUCACUUUGCCGAUUUUGGCGUUAAAACCAAGAAAAUUCGCUGUAGUUUACACUAUGGGUAGUUUAUUAAUUAUAUCAAGCUUUGCUUUAUUGCAUGGACCAUUGACACAUCUAAAACAUAUUCUAUCCCGUGAGCGUCUUCCUUUCACUGUUGCUUACUUAGGAUCAUUGAUAGCAACAUUAUAUUUUGUGAUCGUAGUAAGUAAUUUCUUUUCAUCAAGCAUUGGCGAUACUUCUUAUUUACAUUAUACUGAUUAA